AUGGCAGAACCACGCAUCCCAGGGUCCAACUUUGGGACCAUUGGUACGAGGGAGGAGGACUGGCCUGAUGUCGAUGGGGAUCUCGAUACAGAGGAAGGCGUCGAGGCUAUGCGACGCGCCGACGCAGCUCUACACGCGACUAUUGAGCGCUCCAUACAGCAACGAAACGCACAAUCAGCCCACGGCGACACCAUCCCAAGGGCCCUCUACAUCAAAGCCCAGAACCAGCAAAAUCAGCUCACAGACGAAGAGCGACAGCUUUUACUGAGCCGCGGUGACGUCGUGGGCAGGGCCCUCGCUCACCCUGACUCCCUCACAACCGAUGAGAUGCACCAAGCCCUCCUCUGGCCGCCGCCAGACGUUGUACGCGCCAACAUUCAGCGAGCUACAGACGGACAGCUCAAUACAGCCAUCGAGCUCUAUGCCAAGGGGAAGGAUGCCCUGGAUCGCGGCCAAUUCAACACGAUGAUGAACGGCGAGGAGGUUGCGCUGCUAGCGCGCCGCUUCCACGCCGUGGACGAUGCAAACUUUUCCGAGGUAGGCAUGUCGCAGGCUCUCGGUCAGCCCGGAGCCGCGCAGGCCGCUGAGUUGCUGUCGAGCAUGUUGGGACUGGAUUUCGCUGUCUUUCGUGCUGCAUUGGUGCGUCAAGUGGGCCAGAUGUACCCGAUGCGACAGACAGCACCAUUGUUCCCUGGUCCCGGCCUGGUGCAGUCUUUUCCAAUGCCAGGACCAGGAGCUUUCGCACCGCAGGGACAAGUAAGGCAGAGACAUGAGCCGGGCGAGAUCAUCAGCGCCAUGACAGCUCUCCAUGAGCAGCACCGGCUCGGCAACAUCACAGACGAGGAAGUAGCCGCUCGAAACCACGAUUACGUUGCUGCUCUCCGAUCGUCUUCUCAGGUGCCAUCGUUGUUUUCCCCCAACGGAUUCCAAUCACCGUGGCCCGCGGUAACCCCUCCAUCGAACGCUGACCGCUUCGGAUCUGGCCCCUGGCCGCCCACAGCCAGGCCGCAGAACCCAAUCACUAUCUACGCCAACGAAGCGGGUGUCUCAGGCUACGGAGUCGAGCCCGGGUGGUCCGCGCUAUCUGAAGACCAAAAGACAGCUUACCGCGCCCGGUCUGAGACGCUGCGUCGCGAGGCUUGGGGUCAGCAGGAGACGACUCUGGCCGAGGGACCGUCACCUUUUGCCUUUCCUGGUCCGGAACCGCGGCAACAGCCUACACGAAACUUGACGGGGCUUUCGAGCCGUGGAGAGAGGCUUCCUGGGGUGCCCGUCCGGCCGGGGAUUAUCACAGGGCUGAGCGUGUUCCGCGAUGAGCAAGAAGCCGAGUGGCAGGAGGUGCUGAGAAGGUGGGAGGCCCUUCCAGAGGAACAUAGGCAGGCGUAUGAGGCGACCGCUGCGACGGCUAAUGCUGCUGCGAGAGUUGCGUUUAGGGAGGGGAGGACUUUGUGA